AUUGCCCAGAUUCUAUGGCUCUUGGUAAAACAGGAUCCAAGAGUAGCUGUGUUCCUCUGACUCUUCAUCCUGAUCAGCUUUCAAGCACGCUGUGUCUCUUUGUUAAAGAUAUGGAUGUCAUGAGGCCCCUGAUCAACGAGCAGCACUUCGAUGGGACGUCCGAUGAGGAGCACGAGCAGGAGCUCCUGCCGGUCCAGAAGCACUACCAGCUCCCGAACCAGGCUGGCAUCUCAUUUGUACAAACGCUUAUGCAUCUUCUCAAAGGAAACAUUGGAACUGGAUUGUUAGGACUUCCCUUGGCCAUAAAAAAUGCAGGCAUAGUGCUCGGGCCAAUUAGCCUGGUGUUUAUUGGAAUUAUAUCUGUCCACUGUAUGCACAUUUUGGUACGUUGCAGUCACUUUCUAUGUCAGAGGUUUAAAAAGUCCACAUUAGGUUACAGUGACACUGUGAGCUUUGCCAUGGAAGCAUGUCCGUGGAGCUGUUUUCAGAAGCAAGCAGCGUGGGGCAGGAGUGUGGUUGACUUUUUUCUCGUGAUAACCCAGCUGGGAUUCUGUAGUGUUUAUAUUGUCUUCUUAGCUGAAAAUGUGAAACAAGUUCAUGAAGGAUUCCUGGAGAGAACAGUGUUUGUUUCGAACGCUACCAAUUCAUCUCUUCCAUGUGAGAGAAGUGUUGACCUCAGGAUGUACAUGCUUUGCUUGCUUCCGUUUAUAAUUCUUUUGGUCUUCAUCCGCGAACUGAAGAAUUUAUUUGUGCUCUCGUUUCUUGCCAACCUGUCCAUGGCUGUCAGCCUUGUGAUCAUAUAUCAAUAUGUUAUCAGGAACAUGCCUGAUCCCCACAACCUUCCAAUAGUGGCAGGCUGGAAGAAAUACCCACUCUUUUUUGGGACUGCUGUAUUUGCUUUUGAAGGCAUAGGAGUGGUUCUUCCACUAGAAAAUCAAAUGAAAGACUCAAAACGCUUUCCUCAAGCACUGAAUAUUGGCAUGGGCAUUGUUACAGCUCUGUAUAUCACGUUAGCUACCUUGGGAUACAUGUGUUUUCAAGAUGAAAUUAAAGGCAGCAUAACUUUAAAUCUUCCCCAGGACAUAUGGUUGUAUCAACUAGUGAAAAUCCUAUAUUCCUUUGGCAUUUUUGUGACAUAUUCAAUUCAGUUCUAUGUUCCAGCAGAAAUUAUUAUACCAGCUAUAACAUCCAAAGUUCACACUAAAUGGAAACAAACCUGUGAAUUUGCCAUAAGGUCCUUAUUGGUUAGUAUUACUUGUGCAGGGGCAGUUCUGAUCCCUCGUCUGGACAUUGUGAUCUCCUUUGUUGGAGCCGUGAGCAGCAGCACCUUGGCCCUGAUCCUGCCCCCUCUGGUGGAAAUUCUGACAUUCUCUAAGGAACACUACAAUAUCUGGAUGGUCCUGAAAAAUAUUUCCAUAGCGUUCACUGGCGUGGUCGGCUUCUUGCUAGGCACAUAUGUAACUGUCGAAGAAAUUAUUUAUCCUACUCCCCAAGUUACAACUGGCACGCUACAGAAUCCCUCUCUAAAUGUAAAUUCAACAUGCCUUGCAUCCGGUUUGAAAUAGUAGAUGCAGAAUUCUGAGUAUUCUAUUUUUUUUUUCAUUUCUGAAAAUGAUAAAGAACUAGUAGGAUAUAAUGCCACCUACUACUUAAAAAUAGAGCCAAGCACUUUUUUUUGGUUGUUUUGUUUGCCUUUAUUUGCUUGUUUUUAGGUCGCACCCAGCAGUGUUUAGGGGUUACUCUUGGCUCUCACUCAGGGUCCUUCCUGGCAGUGCUCUAGGGACCAUAUAGGAUGCCAGGGAUUGAACCUGGGUCGGCUGCGUGCAAAGCAAAUGCCCCAUUUGCUGUGCUAUCACUCCAGACCCUGUUUUGUUUGCCUUGUUUGUUUGCUUUUUGACAUAAUUUUCAUAUUUGGGGAGUUUACUGUAAUUUUUUUUUUACCAGCAGUGUUUGGUAAAUUGUGACCAAUCCAUGGUUUUAAGUACCAGCAAUAAUUUUUUUAAAAA